AUGAUGGCGUCCCAAAUACUCCUCGCGUCUAGCAGCGCGAGUGCUGCUCUGUGCAGCACUCGCCUGCUUCCUUUAUCGGGAACUCCAGCCGCAAGGAGCAGUGUCCCUACUACUUCUUGGCGCUCCUUGCCGUCUCUGCGUCGCGCGUCGCCCUCCUUGCCUCGGCAUAUCUCCGUCAGGCGGCUCACGAUUGAGUGCUCUCAGUACAAAGGAAAAUUCCCGUACAACCCACCACCGGUUCCGCCGCCAUCGCCGCCUCCAGAAUCCCUCUUCGCGAUUCUCGCCAACACGCACACGCUCCUCCCGCUUGCGCUCGCCGUCGCCGUCCCCCUUAUAAGCGGCUCCAUCGUUGCGCUAGCAGCGAGCCCGCUGCAGGAGUGGUACGCGGGGCUACAGCGGCCGUGGUUCCAGCCCCCCGAUUGGCUCUUCGGCGCCACAUGGUCGCUGCUGUAUCCAAUCAUGGGCGUCGCGUCGUUCCUCGUGUGGCGCGAGGGCGGAUGGGCGGCUCAGAGAGGACCGUUGCUGCUUUAUGGCACGCAGCUACUGGUGAAUCUGGCGUGGCCUGUCGUGUUCUUUAAGAUGCACAGGAUCGGUGCCGCGUUGGGAGUCAUAGCGCUGCUCCUCCUCCUGGCGUGCCUCACGCUCCUCUCCUUUGCCACAGUCAGCCCGCUGGCAUCAUCUCUCUUCCUGCCCUACGUCCUCUGGGUGGCCUUUGCCACAGCACUCAAUCUCGCGCUCUGGUUCAGGAACAAGGGCAAUACACCAGGGAGAGGAGGUGGUGGCGGCGGAGGAGGGAAGAAGUGGGGCGAAGGAGGUGGAGGGGGAGGGGGUUGGGGAGGUGAUGAUGGGGAUGGAGGGCAGGGAGUGAGUGUGAAGGUGCAGCGUGGUAACUGGGGAAGCGUUGUGGUGAGCAGGGCUUUGUCUUUUGUUUUGGGGAGGCCGGCUGCUGCUCAUGCUGCUUCUACUAAUUCCGCUGCUACUGCGUCUCUUUCUCGCAAGCAGCAGCGCCAACGCCAGAGGCAGCAGGACUUGGUGGUCCGACAGUCAGAGUACAAGGGAUACUCGCUCGGCGCACUCAACAUUGCUCCUGUGGGCACAGGGAAACCCAGGAGGAGUCAUGCCGCUGGUGUGACAGACAAUAGCAGUACUGACAGGGACUCUACUGGUGCAUCAGGAGCUGUUGCUGGCUUAGUUGGAGCUACGGCUGGAGCUGUUAGGUGGGCCUAA